AUUAUACUCCUGAAGAGUUUCCAGAAGAGCAGAUAGAAGACCUUGACAAAUCCUUUCUGCAAAAGAAGCAACUAAAAAACUGAUGAAUUACAAGAAACAACCAUUUCAGAACUCUGGAAAUUAACUAAAGAUGAGGCAUUCCAAAAGAACUCACUGCCCUGACUGGGAUAACAGAGAAAGCCUGGGACAUGAAAGCUACAGUGGAAGUCACAAAAGGAAGAGGAGAUCCCACAGUAGUACACAAGAGAACAGACAUUGUAAACCACAUCACCAGCUUAAAGAAUAUUAUUGUCAUUAUUUAGGAGCAAGGCUCUUGAAUGAGAGAUAUUAUCGGGACCGGAGAUACAUGGAUGAAUACAGAAAUGACUACUGCAAAAGAUAUGUUCCUAGACGUUAUCACAGAGACAUUGAAAGCAGUUAUCGAAUCCACUGCAGUAAAUCUUCAGUCCGAAGCUGGAGAAGCAGUCCUAAAAGGAAGUGUAAUAGACACUGUUCAAGUAAUCAGUCACGUUCGAAGAGCCACCAAAGGAAAAGAUCCAGGAGUAUAGAAGAUGAUGAAGAGGGUCACCUUAUCUGUCAAAGUGGAGACGUUCUAAAAGCAAGAUAUGAAAUCGUGAACACUUUGGGAGAAGGGGCCUUUGGCAGAGUUGUAGAGUGCAUUGAUCAUGGCAUGGGUGGCAUACAUGUAGCAGUGAAAAUCAUAAAAAGUGUGGGACAAUAUCGUGAAGCAGCUCAUUCAGAAAUCGAAGUAUUAGAGCAUUUAAAUAGUACUGAUCCCAAUAAUGUCUUCCGAUGUGUCCAGAUGCUAGAAUGGUUUGAUCAUCAUGGUCAUAUUUGUAUUGUGUUCGAACUCCUGGGACUUAGUACCUAUGAUUUCAUUAAAGAAAAUAGCUUUCUGCCCUUUCAAAUUGACCAUAUCAGGCAAAUGGCAUAUCAGAUCUGUCAGUCAAUAAAUUUUUUGCAUCAUAAUCAAUUAACCCAUACAGAUCUGAAGCCUGAAAAUAUUUUAUUUGUGGAGUCUGACUAUGUAGUCAAGUAUAAUUCAAAAAUGAAACGUGAUGAACGCACACUGAAAAACACAGCUAUCAAAAUUGUUGACUUAGGAAGUGCAACAUACGAUGAUGAACAUCAUAAAACUUUGGUAUCUACACGGCAUUACAGAGCUCCAGAGGUCAUUUUGGCUUUAGGUUGGUCUCAGCCAUGUGAUGUUUGGAGCAUAGGUUGCAUUCUUAUUGAAUAUUACCUUGGUUUCACAGUCUUUCAGACUCAUCAUAGUAAAGAACACCUGGCAAUGAUGGAACGUAUAUUAGGACCCAUACCAACACACAUGAUUCAGAAAACAAGGAAACAGAAGUAUUUUUAUCAUAAUCAGCUGGAUUGGGAGGAACAUAGUUCUGCUGGUAGAUAUGUUACGAGACGCUGCAAACCAUUAAAGGAAUUUAUGCUCUGUCAUGAUGAAGAACAUGAGAAACUGUUUGACCUGAUUCAAAGAAUGUUAGAAUAUGAUCCAGUGAAAAGAAUUACCUUGGAUGAAGCAUUGCAGCAUCCUUUCUUUGACUUAUUAAAAAAGAAAUAAAAUGGAAAUCAGUGGUCUUACUAUACUUCUCUAGAAGAGAUUAUUUAAGACUGUGUCAGUCAACUCUAAACAUUCUAAUAUUUUUAUAAACCUUAA